GUGGUACGAGCAGCACACGAUCGCCUGGGUCAUAGUUGCAGCGACGGUCUUCGGAUUCUUGUUCUAUUCAUUGACCGUAAUGGCAUCACUGGUAUCUCCCUCCUGUCCAUUUCAGACGCCGGUUUCAUCAGUGUUGCGCAUGUUGCGGAUCGACAGAGUUUUAAGCCCGAUGUUCAAAUCAGGUUUCAAAUAUUUCCAGCAGCUGACGACGCCAGUACAUGGUGGGCUCUGGGUCAUGCUUUCUUGCACGUGCACAAAUUUUGACCGUUUUAGGUGUGCUGAAACGGCUGUUUGAUGCCAUCGGAUCAAGUUGGACCCGAUUUUCUGCAGCAGACUCUGUAAGCGCUUUCAUAUGGCGCUUUCUCGGUGCGCUUCAUGCCUUGUUGCAAUCUUCGGCUUGGUACUCUUCUAGGAAGGACGUGCGAGAUUCGGAGGCACAAUCACUUGACCUAGACUUGAAAAAGUCCUGGGCGGAUACUGAGUACCCCCUUAAACUGGACCUCUCGGACAUACGUUCCAGCCACCUCGAGGCACCUAGCAUCAAGUGGCUGAUCGAGACAUCCAGAGAUCCCGCAGUAUCUCUAGCCGCUGUUAACCUUGUUCCGCAGGUCGAAUGGCCCCUGGAUCUGGACGUUUCAUACAUGCUACAUCAACUCUAUGCUAUUUACACAAGCUGUUUGGACGUCCAGAUGCAAAUCGUACCGUCGUUGGAGGAGAGAGGAUCGGCGUGUACAAUGGCUUUGAGUCAUAUAUACUACGGACGUGUUCUUCAGGUAUAUCCUGACCAUGGUGAUUUGCUUGGCCAGUGGAGUCAAGAUGGCCAGUUGAGAAGAGACUCCGAUGUGUUUACUGCCAUGCGGCACCGGCGGGGGUUCCAAGAUUAUGUGCUUACCCCAACUAUCAAACUUUCUUUUGCAGAAGAUCACGAUCGGAGCACAUCGUGGUCUACUCCAGAUUUGGGGAAUUGUCCCGACUCUGUGUCCAAGUGGCUUUCACAUGUUCUUCCCUACCACUUUGUUACUGGGCGAGUGGAUAAAGACAUAGAAAAACUCUCCUUAGCUGUGAUAUCAAAAUUGAUAUCUCCAUCUUCUCCGUCGCGUCAAAUCAUAGCCAAUUGCACUCUUCUUGCUUGCGUCAUGGUGGGGGUUCAGUUUGACAAAAAGGACAUAAUUCGACUUGAUAAAAGUUCUGCUCUGCCUAAACUCGCUGUCUCUCUUUUGGUGCAGUUCCAAAAGGCUCUCUUGGUAUGCGACGGAGGCGAUCUCGACAGAGACAGCACAGGAGUUGGGCGCAGAGCAUGGUACCUCCUCAAGGUCAUCUGUCGCAUACUCGAGCUUGCUCGACCUGAAAACAUACUUCCAUUCCGACCGGUAUUUGGACGGAAUUUGGACCUGUGUAGGAAGAUUUCUCCACGAGCGAGGUCAUUCGAGCAAAAUGAUCCCUCGGAUUCAGCAGCAGCUUUUCGGCGGUUACUGCACUUCACGCUCGCCACUGCCUACCAAGUGUAUGAGCCUACCCCCUGGUUUCCGGUUCAGCGGGUAGGAAACUCCUGCUCGCCAGAAGACUUUGAUUGGCUCGUGGACUAUCUCGAUUACAUUUAUUCUGAGGACCACGACACUGCGGGUGACAUCCUUUUGCUACUGAGUGGUAUCAAAGUGAGCUGUAGCCCCGCUAAACUAUAUCUAUUCAUCGAGAGACUCGCCACAUGCAUGGGCAGUAACAUGCCUUUCCGUUUACGUCAUGCUGCCCUUCGCGCAGCUCACACUGCCCGAGACGUCUUGGCCUCAAUCGAUGCCAUUGAUGAUGCGAGGCUAACGAAGAUGGUUUUGACCAAAUUCUCCCCUGCUGUCAUGACCACGAUUUGUCCGCGACCAGGUGCAAUACCUGUCAACGAUGGUCCACGCCGCCUCUACCAGACCCGCGACUUGUUCUACCUCGAGUUGGUCUUUGCCCUCGCGGGAAGUUCCAGCUGGCGUCCCCACUUGUUAGGGGACCGCCACAUCGAACAGUGCAUUAGCAUGACUGCAAAGUCAUUCUCCUCGCAUGCAUUUUACCUAGUUGGUAUCCUCCUCCGACUCGCACCGGAACCGUUAUCGGUUUCAUUGCUUGAGCCUAUCGCAGAGCAGCAGUGGUGGGACAUGAUAAUAAGGGCAUGGCUCUACAUCCAUCUCAUAUUCGAUGAUGUACACUGUUUUGAAUUCUUUCCUAUCCUCGUGGAAGGUACAAAGAAGUGUAUGCAGAUUGCUUCGAAACCUGAACUCGAGCAGCUCAUCGGAAAUGUGGAUUGUGUUAUCGAAACACUGGAGAAGCGAGGUUCAGAGCAGGGGCAGGGAGAGGGGGUCGCCGUUGCUGCGAAAGAGUUGAAGACUGUAGUCAGCGACAUUCUUGAGAGGUUAAGCCAUGAUCAAUAGUUAUCGGAUUAUUAGCCCCCUAAUUAUCAAAAGAGUCUGCCAGUGGGAUGGCGGAGGAACGACAUGCAUGUCUACCAAAGUCUACCAAGCAUCUAGUCCAAGGAGUCAU